UGGAUCAGAAUUUGAGGGCGGGGAGGAGAGCUGCCCCUGUCACGUGACUGUGUUUCCCUGCUAACAUCAUGGCUGCCGAAGAUCUGCCGUCUGAAUUUGACGUCGUCAUUCUGGGCACAGGUCUGGCUGAGUCGGUGGUAGCAGCUGCCUUUUCCAGAGUUGGACAGAGAGUUCUUCAUGUGGACAGGAGGAGUUAUUAUGCAUCUAACUGGGCCAGCUUCACCUUUAAUGGUCUGCUUACCUGGAUACAACAGCACCAUGAGGAGUCUCAGCCAGAGGAGGCUCAGGAUUGGUCGAGCCUUGUGGAGGAGGGGGAGGAGCUAAUCCAGCUGUCAAACUCAGACUCCGCCUCCAUCAGUAACGUGCAGGUGUUCUGUUACACCAGUGAGGAAGAUGAGGUGGAGGAGGCUCCAAACACCACAGAAGAAGAAACAGGAGCUGAUGAAGACACAGUCAAAGAACCCUCAGAGGCUGAGACUGCAGAUCCAAAAGAAGAAGAAACAGAGGAGAAGGGAGGUACAGCUGUAGAAGAAGAAGAACAGUCUUCCGACGUCAAGGGGGAGGAGCCAGAUGCAGAUCAGCCUGCCCCCUCUGCAGCCCAGAGCCAAUCAGAACCAACGAAGAAGACAAUCAGCUACGCUCAGCUGGUGAAGGAGGGACGCAGGUUCAACAUCGACCUGGUCUCCAAGCUCAUGUAUUCUCGCGGCUCAUUGGUGGACUUGCUCAUCAAAUCAAACGUCAGUCGAUACGCAGAGUUUAAGAACGUCACCAGGAUACUCACCUACCGCAACGAACAGGUGGACCAGGUGCCGUGUAGCAGGGCUGAUGUGUUUGCGAGUCGUCAGCUGUCUGUGGUAGAAAAGAGGAAGUUGAUGCGUUUCCUAACUUCCUGUGUAGAGGAGACGGAGGAGCAGCAAGCCUACAACGGUCGGCCAUAUUUGGAGUUCCUGCGUGACCAGCAGCUUGGUGACAACCUGCAGCACUUCCUGCUUCACUCCAUCGCCAUGGUAACAGAGGACACGCCCACAGAGGAAGGCCUCACCUCCACACGUCACUUUUUGCGCUGCCUCGGUCGCUAUGGCAACACACCCUUCCUGUUUCCCGUUUACGGCUUAGGAGAGAUACCUCAGUGUUUCUGUAGGAUGUGUGCUGUGUUUGGAGGGAUCUACUGUCUGAGACACUCUGUCACCUGUCUGCUGAUUGACAAGGAAGCCAACAGGUGUAAGGCCGUGAUUGACAGCAGAGGACAGCGAAUCAGCUGCAGCCAUUUUGUGAUGGAGGACAGCUAUGUGGGGGCGGAUCGCAAGAAGGUGGCCACACCCACCAGAUUUCUCUCCAGAGCUGUGUUAAUCACUGACAGCUCCAUUCUGCCCAGCGACUCAGACCAACAGGUCUCCAUGGUAACGGUUCCUCCAAUAGCUGCAGGGUGUCCCGCGGUGAAGAUGGUGGAGCUGUGCUCUUCCACCAUGACCUGCAUGCCAGGAACAUACCUGGUCCACCUCACCUGCCAGUCUGUUAGCUCUGCCUAUGAGGACCUGUCACCUGUGGUCACCAGAAUGUUCCGCACCCCAGAGUCAGCUGACCAAGAGAGCUGUCCGUCCGUCCUCUGGUGUCUCUACUUCAACAUGGCCGACGGUUCGGGGCUGGAGGUCGAAGGUUACAACCUGCCGCCCAACGUGUACGUGUGCUCUGGACCGGAUGCAGCUCUGGGACACGACCAUGCCGUCAAGCAGGCCGAGUCGAUCUUCCAGAAGAUUCUCCCCGAGGAGGAUUUCUGUCCUCCUGCUCCGAACCCUGAAGACAUCAUCUACGACGGAGACGCAACGUCCCCCUCCACAGGGGAGGAGAGAGAGGGAGAGGAGGAGAAACAGGAGGAGGUGAUGGAGGAGAAGAAACAGGAGGAGGUGAUGGAGGAGAAGAAACAGGAGGAAGUGACGGAGAAGGAGGAAGAGGAGAAACAGGAGGAAGAGGAGAAACAGGAGGAGGGGCAGAGCCUUCCUCUAGAGGAGUGACGUCUCCAAACACUAAAACCUUCCACAGAAGCCGAGCCUGCUGCAGUGCAUUGUGGGUCAAAGUUGCCUUCAGCUUAUUUUAAAUCUUAUUUUUCUAUCUUUGUUUGUUUUUUUUCUGCUUCCUGUUUAUUUAAAGAUCUGUAAACAUUUUGAUUGUGUGAAACAUUAAAGCUUCAUCAUGACGA